AUGUUGACAUAUAAGCCCAACUCGACCGAUACUGAAGUAGCAACCAAGGCCGCAGAUGAAAUGGAACUAGAAUACAUCAAAGCCUUCAGGGCAGCACCUGACCUAUCACUUGUAGCUUUGGACAAGGGUACAAAAGAAUGUUUUGGAGUGUUUCGCGGCACGCACGCUGGCAUCGGUGACUUGCUGCAGAACUUUGAUCUAGAAGAAACCAUGGUGGAAGGAUGCAAAUGUCACAAUAGCUAUGUGAGUGCUGUCCACAACAGCUACUUCCCAGAAUUUGAUGCAGCCCUUCAUGAUUGCUUGCAAAAGGACUGCCCUGAUUGUACACUCACCUUGACAGGGCAUAGCCAAGGUGGAGCAGUUGAUGAGAAUCACUACAGAUUGGCAAACAUGAUUCCGACGCCCAUGGGUGUGAUUUAUGACAUGGUUGCUAUGCUUCCUGGAAUGGGUGCAGAACAUUUUGGGCAUUCCAUUCUCCUGGGAGGUGACAAAAUGGCAGCUUAUCUUGGCAAACAUGAGGGGCACAUCCGCUUUCACUGGGGGAUUUCGCCCCAUGAUAUGAAGUAUUACAUUGGCAAUCUCGAGAAGCUGAUCUCAACUAUCCGCGAAGAAAAGCAGGCAAGGAAUAUUGACCUCAGCAGUGGAACAGUUGAUAUGAGACGCUAUAAAGAUGGGUCUCGCUGCAGAUACAAUGGUACGCUUUCUUGA